CGACUCUGAUUUUGCAGCCUCCCCUACCUGGGUUCUAGGUACUCUGGGCAUUUUGCAAGGUAGGAAACCUCAAGGAAUUCUUCAAGUAAGUACAUGCUGCUCCUGUAUGGAGCAUGCAAUUCUUUCUUUCCCUUUGUUUCUCUUUUUCAGUACGAUGUCAGGGAAGUGAGAGGGUCCAAAUCACGACCUCUUUUCGCUGUCAGCCUUGCCGGCGCAGGCGCAGAGUCGCAGUCCCAGCACUCCACGAAAGGGAUGCAAACAGGUCCAGUCAAAUAUUCCAGCCAAUAUCAUUGAUACGCUUCUUACCGUGCGGCGUACGAGCAGCCAGACAGACGCCUUUCCUUUUGAACCCUUGGAAGUCGGAUGGCUUUUCAAUAUUCCCAACCGCGCGGCUACGGCCCCGGCGCCGACCUCUCUUUCUCCCGACGAUGGAUCAACGGUACAGGAAAUUAUCGAUAGUCCCACGGAUCCUCGUCAGAAAAAGAGGGUCGUAAGUAAAUACGAAGGACUCCAGUCUCAACGGCGCAAUGCUCCAUCAUACUCUGUACGGAGUAUUUGAGUCUUGAGGACCCCGGCCUCUCCUUGAGA